AUGCAAGCUGCACCACAACAGCAGCAAGGUGUCGUAACGCAACCGAGUAGCCGUCCUUCAGGUGCUCCUCCACCGCAGCAGGCCCAACGACCCACAUAUCCGCUUGGAAGCGCUUCGCAACCAACACAAUACACGUAUUCCAUUGGUCAAACGGCCGGAUUCCAACAGCAACAAGCGGCACAGACAGCUGUUUACCAACAACAGAUGUAUCAAAGACAACAGCAGGUCUGA